AUGAGCCAGAGGACGAACACCAGCCCUAAAUAUUCAGAGGAACGGCAAAGCUUGGAAACGGCCAGCUACUCCCUAGACAGAUACCUCAAGUCAAACGAUGGAGUCACGGAACGGCUGCUAAAAGGCUUCAAUAUCGCCGACGUCGCGAGCCGGGUCAAAUCCGUGAGCGACGAGGUGAGGGUGUUAGCGGAGGAGAUCUCCCAAUCGUCGGGAAGCUCGAGCUGA